CCGGGGCUUCUGCAACCGCCACGACCGCGACGACGGUCGCAAUACAAUUAACACUACACGCAUAGGCAACGGGGAGAAACUCAGAGUGGUUCUGGGGGCAAAAGUAGUACAAAUUCGGCCAGCUGGUGGGGCGUUGGACGGCACCUAUAAUCCACCCUUUCGAGAAGAGAAGAGGAGGAAAAAGGCUGCAGAUGGCCCGAAGAUUAUGAGUGAUGCGGAGCGGACGGACAAGUCAGCCGAAUGCGUCAAACAAGGAUUUAACA